CUCCUAGUUUAGUCCACACACCCCCUCCCCCAGCACACACACAGAUAAAUCCUCAAAUACUGGCUUCAUCCUAGGCAGAAAGCCACGAGCUGAGGGGCAUAAGUGGGUCUCUUCCAUGGGGACAUUUUAACAUACAAGGGUGUCUCUCUAAGUCUGGGGCCUGAGAAGACUCAUGCAUGCAUCAUGNUAGUUUCAUCAACACAUGUUUGAGGCAGGGAUGGAGAAGUCAGCGAAGACCACCUGGAGCCAUUAGAAAAGGAGGCAAGUGCAGCCUGGGCAGGGAGAAGCCCACCAAUGAAGGCUCCUGCACUUGAGACAGUUCAUUCUGUGGCAGUCACGAAGUUGACUACACCCGAAUGUCCCUCUCCACAGCCCAUCUACUUGACUCUGUGGUUUAUAAUUAUCAAACAUCCAGCUUUCAGCCAAUGAGGUUUCUACCAAGUCUGCUACCUCAAUAAAUAACAGGCCACUGAUUAGCCUCACAUCAGUCACAAGCACAGCACUAAGGCUGAUUUGGACCCUGAGCUCUGAGCAACUAGCAGGGUUUCAGGGAAACCUGCAGUCAGAAGCAGCUGUGUCUUUGGUCUUUGAGAUCUUAGUCUCUGAAGUCUCCCAUGGCUCCUUAUCAUAUCCGAAAAUACCAGGACAGCGACCACAGGAGUGUGGUGGAUUUGUUCCGCAGAGGCAUGGAGGAGCACAUCCCCGCCACCUUCCGCCACAUGCUGCUGCUGCCCCGAACCCUCCUGCUCUUACUCGGGGUCCCUCUUACUCUAUUCCUGGCCUCAGGCUCCUGGCUUCUGGUUCUUCUGUCUAUCCUUACCCUCUUUCUUUCCCUGUGGUUCCUUGCAAAAUACACAUGGGAAAAGUAUCUGAUACAUUGUUUGCACACAGACAUGGCUGACAUCACCAGAACCUACCUGAGUUCUCGUUCCUCCUGCUUCUGGGUAGCUGAGUCUAGAGGUCAGACAGUGGGCAUGGUGGCUGCUCGGCCAGUGAAGGACCCCCUCCUGCAGAAGAAGCAACUGCAGCUACUUCACCUCUCUGUGUCAUUGCAGCACCGAAGAGAAGGCCUAGGGAAAGCUAUGGUCAGGACUGUCCUCCAAUUUGCACAGAUGCAGGGCUUCAGUGAAGUUGUCCUUUCCACCAGCAUGCUGCAGUACAAAGCCCUGGCUCUCUACCAGGGCAUGGGCUUCCAGAAGACUGGCGAGACCUUCUACACCUAUAUAUCCAGACUAAGGAAAUCUCCAUUGAUACACUUAAAGUAUUGCCUCACGUCUCCUCGGGAAGGGGACCUGUGAUCUCUCUCCUGUGGGCGUCAAUCAGGAUCUGAUUGCUUCUGUAAUAGUAACAAGCAGACCCAGCUACUUCAGGUGCAAACCACUAACCCUCACUCUCAUGCACAUCUGAAUAAGUGUGUUUGUGGGUGGGGUUGGGGCAAUGGUUACUCUGUGUUAUCUAUGCUUUCUGAGGUCUUCUUUAGCUAACACUAACGCCGUGUAUAAAAAGUAACACAAUAUGAACUAACCAGUACCCCGGAGCUCGUGUCUCUAGCUGCAUAUGUAUCAGAAGAUGGCCUAGUCGGCCAUCACUGGAAAGAGAGGCCCAUUGGACUUGCAAACAUUAUAUGCCCCAGUACAGGGAAACGCCAGGGCNAAAAAGUGGGAGUGGGUGGGUAGGGGGUUGGGGGGAGGGUAUGGGGGACUUUUGGGAUAGCAUUGGAAAUGUAAAUGAGGAAAAUACCUAAUAAAAAAAAAGAAAAAAAAAGUAACACAAAAUAGUAAAA